AUGGGAUCCUCCGUAUCUCCCUCGGCCGCCAAACGCAGCAUCACAGACAACGACAUAUCGACCCUCCGGACAUUACUGUCCGUCAGCAGCCCCACGCUUCUAACGCCCCAGGACGCCGAGUACCCCGCGUCGAUCCGGCGAUGGUCGCGCGCGGCGGAGAAGCCAGCCGGGGCAGUUCUAUGUCCGAGCAGUGCGGAAGAAGUAUCGAUCGCAAUCAAGUAUGCGACCGACCAAAACAUCGACGUGGCCGUCAAGGGCGGCGGGCACUCGACGGCCGGGGCGAGCAGCACGUCGGGCGGCCUGUUAAUCGACCUGGCGGCCAAGAUGCGACAAGUGUCCGUCGACGUGGAACGCAGAUUAUUGCAUGUUCAAGGCGGCUGCACCUGGGGCGACGUUGACCAGGCCGGAUCGAAGCACGGCCUCGCCACUGUCGGCGGCACCGUGGCGGACACAGGAGUCGGCGGAUUAACUCUGGGCGGCGGCUACGGCUUCCUCAGCGGCCAGCACGGGCUGACGAUUGACAAUCUCGUCGAAUGUACUGUUGUCCUUGGCAAUGGGGAGAUUGUGCGUGCGAGCGAUAACAAUAACAACGACCUGUUCUGGGCCAUCCGAGGAGCCGGGCAGAACUUUGGCGUCGUGACUGAAUUUGUGUUUCGGGCGUUCGACCACUCUGAAGUCUGGGCCGGGCUGCUGCUGUACCCUCCUACCCCGGAAACAUUGGCUCAAGUCGUGGCCGCGACAAAUGAACUCUACAUGCCCGACAGCAAUGGACGGACGAGGGGCGCUGGCCGUGCUGCCGGAGGAUUGGGACUGGCGCGUCCACCACCUCCACCCGAGAGCGACAACAGUAGCACUACUCAACCGGAGGUCAUGAUUCUCGUCUCAGUUAUCUACUUCGGCUCCGAAACCGAAGGAAAACAAGUAUUCCGCCCCUUUUACGAGAUCAACAACGGUGCCGGUGUCGGUCCCGUCGUCGAUACCACAGCCGUGGUUCCUUAUCCUGUCGUGAAUACUCUUCUUGCACCGCCGAUUGGUCUGCGCUCAAGCAUGAAAGGCGCAGCGUUCACAUUGCCCAUCCGGCCCGAGUUCGUGCAGACCGUCUUGGACGAAUAUAUACAGUUUACUAAUGAUGCCAACAACGAUACUGGAUACAGUCUGGUCCUGUGGGAAAUGUACGAUCCCGCCCAGGUCGUGACCAAUGCUAAUGUCGGCUGCUUCGCCAAUCGCGGCUGGCAUCUCAACGGCCUGAUUUGUCCGCUGUGGACGGAUCCAAAAAAGGAUGCCGCUUGUCGCCAGUGGGCGAGACAUAUUAAUGAGCUGUUUAAGAAAGAGCUUGAGAGUAGGGGGAACAAGACCGGUACGGGUGUCGAUGGCGGUGUUGGGCUGAGAGGCGAAAAGGGUGCUGUUUUGCUGUAUGGAAAUUAUGAUCAAUACGACGAACGGUCCCGCGACAUCUUCGGCGACAAUUACCCGAGGCUCCAGGCCUUGAAGGCGCGCUAUGAUCCGACAAACACAUUCGAUAAACUAUUCCCCAUCUCGCCUGCGCCGCUGGUGGCACAAGAGGGGUGA